UCUAUUUCUAUCCAUCACAAUCAGAUUCACGUUAUGCUUUUACCCGGACGCGCAGCCGGAGUUUUGACCCGUCUCUGCUACCCAUUUCGCCUUAUCUUCUCUGGAAGUCUUUGGCUGGAAUAGCAUCAUGUCAAUCAAAUCAGUUGAGGUGAUAAGCUCGGAUAAUGCGCCGCCGACCUUCGCUAUGAUUGGACGACGAGGUCAGCAGCCAUCUUUUCAAUGUUCCCUCGAGUAAUAAUGACCUGCCAUAGAUGAGGGAAUCAUGGUAACCGAUUGGUGGGAUGAGGCGGUGCUGACGUCACUCUCUCCAGAGAGUGCCUAUCCAACUGGGUGAUUUGACAAGUUGCAGGGAAUCUGCAUUCAUGAUGUUUGUUGAGAUUACAGCGGUGGUCCUUCCAAGCUGACCUGAACAUCCGAUCUGGGAAGCUGGCAUAGAGUGGCUUAGGUUCAACUUUAAAUGAGUUCGGAGAUUGAUGGAGCCGGAAGUGGUGGAAGUGGAGCUAGUGUUGCCCACUCACAUGAAAUUUAAAAAGAUUCAGAUGUAUGAGAAGUACCCUAAGGGACAGGAUAGAGUGAGGUGGAACCAUCUCAAGCAGAUCAUUCAAGCCGAGAAUUACCAAAAUUAUCCACCCAAUGAACCAAAUUAUGUCAACAUUGAUUCACCUCCAUCUAUGCAGCCAUGCAAAAGAAUUUGUGAUAUAACCGGAUUCAAGGCACCUUACUUAGAUCCAAGGACGAAACUCCGUUAUGCCAAUGCUGAGGUAUUCCAGAUGAUAGGAUCGCUUCCAAAUGAUUAUGUACAACGGUAUUUGGCUCUCAGCAAUGCUGCGGUUGUGCUGAGGUAGUUCAUGACUCGAGAGAUUGCAUGUCCGAUCAUUUGUUUCUUUUUGGCUGGUCAACCGUACCAAUCUCUCGAGAGAUUGGACUAAUAAAAAAGACAAUGAAGAAACUAAAUUAGAGCAUCAUUAAGGAGUGUUAGGUUUUUCAUCUCCCAGGAAAGAUCAAAUCACAUUUGCAUACUAGAAAAGAAUACCCAGAAAUGACAGAAUCUGAACCAAGGAAAGAAAUCAGAUUAUAGACACGAGAUGCUUGUUUUUGGGACAAAUUUCAUCAACCAAUUCAGGGAAUUUCACCCCCGUCAAUCUACCAUUCAAGAGAAGAAAUUACAGUGUUGUUUUACACGAAUCAUCACCACUCAACACUCUACCAGGACACACCAGAAGACCCUCACAGAAAGCUCACAAAAAGUUCACAAAGAUUGUGUUGCAGAGAAUUUUCUCACAAUCUUACUACAGAAAAUCAUCCCUCUUGCUCACAGAAUGUGAUUCCCCACACACUCACGUUUCACUCUUGCUCACCCCCUCAAGUUAUCAGCUUCCAGUCCUCUUUAUAGACAAAGGACAGUAGAGAGAUACAAGAAAAUGUAUGUACCAUUCAGUUAAACUAUCAACAGAAAAUCUUUUAGAAUCUAAGGCUCCCAACUGAUUUUCUAACUCCCUUAACUGAUUUCCUAACUGAUGAGUUUAACAACCGAAUCAAGAAUCAACAUUUUCUUGACAUAUCAAGUAAUCAGCGCAAACUUGUUUGAAGAAAAAUUUUGUCGAUGGGAAGAAUAUUGAAACAAGAUUUCAUUUAAAGUUCAAUUGAUGAUAUCAUUUACCGAUAAUUACAGCAACAAUUAAGAUGAAAAUUCUUAUUAGGCAGAUAGUAAAUCAUCAAACAUGCAAUAUAAUCACCAAGGGCAAGUCCCAAAAGAUGAGAGACAUUGAGAGAGGAAGGAAGGCAUACUUUAUUAAGAAAUCGACUGAUGCAUCCUCAAGACUGAAUUUCAAUAAAUGAUUCUUGACCACGCAUGCUGCAAUUUCUUGGCAAUGCUUUCUUCUGUUAUUACAAUCAUUUAGAUAUAACAUUAUCCGUCCAUGAAAACUAAGAUAAUCAGCGAUAAAUGCCGUAAUCAUGUCUAAAAAGAUCAGGCUAAUGAUCAAACGUUGUCAGUCACUUGUAAGGCCGGUAAUAGCCCCUGUUUGAGCUCCAUUUUUUAUUCAAUACAUAUAGUAGCAUAUACAAUAAAUGUAGUAGACAAAUUUUACUUUUCAUAUUAGAGAUUUGUACCUCGAGAUGCUCUAGUAGAGGAGAGGAAAACUUUCUUCCUACCAAGAUUCUGUGUUCGUUAUGUAAUAUGUAACAAGUUCUGCAUAAAGUUAAUAGAAGUUUGUAACUGCAUCGAAUGGGUUUUGCUGCUCAAUUGUAGCAAAUAUAGAGAGUAAACAUAGCAUAAAUUUAUUACAUAUAGCCAAACUUUAUUGUUUAUCGUCUCAAUCAAUCGUUCAAAGAGAGAUCACGAAUGUCGAGCUCUAACCACACACAAUACUAACAACACACUCAAUACUAAUGUAAAUUACUGUUUCAUCGACCUCAAAAAGCCAGGCGAUUUACUUAUAUAACUACGCCCCAAAACUUUCCAGGUAUGACCUCAAAAAGUCAGGUGAUUUACUGGUAUAUAUCUAUGCCCCAAAACUUUCCAGGAAUGUUGGUCCUGUGAUUUCGGUCCAGUGCUUUAAUCAGUUCCAUGUCCUC